AUGUCCGAGACUCGGUCCGCUAAGCCCGUCCGGCUGCGCCUCGCUUGCGACGCUUGUACAACAGCCAAAGUCCGCUGCAGCAGGACUCACCCCUGCGAGCGCUGCGAGGACAACGGGCAGGCCAAGGAGUGCUGCUACAGUGCUUCACGACGACACGGCAAGCGGGCGCGACAGAGGAAGAGUGCGCAAGAUAGUGGCGGUCUUACGACGCAGUUUACGAAUGCGUGGGAGGACUACAGUACAUACUCGACUGGCAAUCUCGAGAUGCUUGAUAGUUGGGCAUCGCGCACUGUCGACUUUGACGAUGGGAAUGGUAUAUCUUGGGUUGAUCCGUGGAGAUCGCUGGGUUUUGUGUCGGAUACUACAGCGUCGCAGUCGAGUGGUAUGGUAUCACCUGAUUUGAGCUUAUCGACUGAGCCGACAUUGUCGAUCAAGGCGUCGGACCCAACAGCUAUGCACUCUCACGAUUGCGAGGCUCUUGCUCUCAAAGUGUUGAGAUCACUGCACUGCAACACAAACACAGACCAAAAGUCCUCCCCCAUUCCUCAAAAACAAACCUGCUCAACACCGUCUAUUGACACAGUCUUAUCCGUCAAUAAAGCCGCUCUCACAAAUCUCAUCCCCCUUCUCAAAUGCCACUGCGCACGAAACCCCCAUAUCGCAAUGCUACACAGCGCAAUUUUAUCAAAGGUUAUUUUCUGGUACAGAGUUGCAGUCACAGCACGGUAUCACACCGACGGAGUGGAACUACGACCUAUGAAGAUCCAGCUUGGGAUGUUGGAUCUUGAUGAUGAGGAUCAAGCUACACUGCAACGGACUGUGGUUUUGAGAGAGCUGAGAAAGGCGGAGAAGGUCAUGCAGACAUUUGAUUCUUUUGCUGGAGGGGAUGAUGGCGGUUUGAAUUGGCAUGUUGUUGCUGUGAGGAAUAUGAGGGAGGAGUUGCAGGGAAUUAUUCAGAAGAUUAAGAAAGGUCAAGGAGAGAUGAUGUGAACAUUUUGGUUCGUUCUUUGCAUCGUGUAAACUGUAUAUAAAAGGCUGGGUUGUUUGAUUUACGUCAUUCCUUUGAGGUUCCAAGGAGGUCAUUAGAUAUGUAGCACAGAAACUUGGUAAUCACACUGUAACUAUCACUUACAUUGAAUACGACUGCAAC